AAAAUCUAAAAAUAAACGCGUCUUGCUGUCUAUGCCUCCAGUUGCCUGGAGGCGGCCAUCACGAAUUUGACGUCUCGUUUACGUUUUCCCGCCUUUUUGACAUAGAUAAAAAAUAAUUUUAUAUUCUGUAUUGGACGAUAAGCGCGGUUUUAUUUAAUAGUUUUAGUGUAUUAAAAAUGAAUUUAAAAUUGCAAGUAUUAUUUUUGAUCGUUUUGUGCUUGGGAAUACAGGGAAAGAGUUCUGAAGAGCGACUGGAUAUUCGCGGCCACGUUAAGAGCGAUGCAACAGCGCUGAUAUUUGCUGACGAAUUCAAGCAGACAAUAGAGAAAUAUCUCUUCGGAAUAUGCCCGCAGCCAUACAAGGCACGUUGGUUGCAGAUGCCGCUGGGGAGUAAAACGAAGAAUGGAACUACCUUCUCCUGCGACCUCGAUACGGAUCACCAGGAUUUAGCAGCAAGGCUAGCAACACUUGCGUUACGCGCUCAUUCGGCAUCGCGUUCAGACUGUCUAAGACUAGGAGCAGCGCUGGCGAAUACGCUCGGAGAUUUGGCGCGAACAGCUGCGAACCAACAAAAUAUGUUUCCCCCUACAUCAGCGGCUGAGACGAAGAAGAGAAAGUUAUCAAAGAGUCAGAAAAUGCAGAUAAAAGCUAAACAACGUACAGCACUCGCCGUGAAGAAGAAGGCCGCUGCUAACGCCGCCGCCGCCGCCGCUAAGAUGACUUCAUAAAUGUGAUGUCAUCAACUAGUGUAGUGUAAAAUUCGACAUGUUUUUUUUUUCAAGAUAUUAUAUAGAUUUAACAAUAAUUAAGACUGAGAUAACAUGGAAUUCGGGCCCUACGACUCGAAGAAGUCUAUUUAAUUAUAUUUUAAUAUACUAGUCAUAUGCUAGAUUUUAUA